CUUUCACAGGGAGGUGGGUGUGAUUCUAGAGAAAUACUGUUGGGCAUGUAUGUGUGCGUGUGUGUGCGUUGGGGAGAGUGUGUGUAUUUGUGUGCGUGUGAAAGUGCUCAUGUGCGUAUAUGGAUGAGCGUGUGCGCAUAAACUUCAUAUAGCAGUAAGAUUUCAAGUUGGCGGGCCUGUACGAGUGCAAGCCGCCAAUCUCCAAGGCCAAGAUGACGGCCAUAACCAAGGGCGCCAUAAGGGCCAUAAAAUUCUACAAGCAUGUGGUUCAGAGCGUCGAGAAGUUCAUACAGAAGUGCAAAACCGAGUACAAGAUCCCGGGCCUGUACGUAAUAGACAGCAUUGUAAGGCAGAGCAGACACCAGUUCGGCAUUGAGAAAGAUGUGUUCGCGCCCCGUUUUGCAAAGAAUAUCCUGGUGACCUUCUUCUACCUGUUCAAGUGCCCCCAGGAGGAUAAGAGCAAGGUCAUACGUGUCUUGAACCUGUGGCAGAAGAACCAGGUCUUCGCCGAGGAGGUCAUCCAGCCUCUCUUUGACCUGGCCGACCCCAACCACCCCAUUCAGAAGGAGGUCACCCUGCAGAUCACCCAGAAGGCCUCCAAAGCCAAGACCCAUCACCCGCACCAAUCCGGCGACCACCCCCAGGGCACCCCGGGUCAAGGAGGGGGCGGUGGGGGUGGCGGGGGGGGGCGCGGCGGCCCCCAGGACGGCGGGAUGGGUGGGCCGCCCCCCGGAAGCCUCACCCCUCAGAUGGAUGAUGGGCGAAUGGGUCAUGGGGUCGGACAGCAGCCCGUGCCAGUGACCAGCGUGUCAAGCCAGGUCAUGAGUGCUGCUGUGACCAAUCUUGACCCCAGCCUCAUACAGCAGAUUCAGCAGAUCCUCAUGAAGCAGCCAGCAGCAGCGGCGGCGGCGGCUGCGGCGGCUCAGCAGGACGAUGGGGGAGCCGCCGCUGGUAUGGCCGCCGCAGCCGCCGCCGCUGCUGCAGCCGCCGGUAUGGUCCCCCCCAACGUGGAUGAGGUCAAGUCACAAGGGAUUCCCGGACUGGCGAAUGCGGGUGACUACGAUGGGCGAUCGCUCCCCUUCCUAACUGUGGACACCUCCCAGCCUCCCCCUGGGUACCUGCCCCCCGCCCCGUACAUGGGUGGAAUGGCCCCCGCCCCCCCGCUGGCAGUGCCCCCCCCGGCCCUGGACUACAGCCAGGUUCACCCGCCCCCGGAGAAGCCGAAAAGCCCCAGGGAGGAAGGAGAGCAUUCGGAUGACUCGGAUGACGUCAAAGAAAUUCACCACGAGGACAGGGACUCAGAAAGACGGCGACGAUCAAGGUCAAGAUCGAGGUCAAGGUCAAGGCGAAGACGGCGGACCAGGUCAAGGUCGCGGUCGAGGUCACGGUCGCGCCACAGGAGGUCGCGCUCGAGGUCAAGAGGUCGGAGGUCGUCGUCGAGGUCGCGGAGGAGGAGAUCACGGUCCAGAGACAGAGACAGAGAAAGAGACAGGGACCGGAGAGACAGAGACCGGGACAGGGACCGGGACCGGGACAAGGAGAGGGAGAAGGAGAAGCUCGACCCGGAGAAAGAGCGAGAGCGGGAGCGAGAGCGAGAGAAAGAGAGAGAGAGAAAAAAGAGAGGCCUACCCCCAGUGAAGAAGGAACAUCUGAGUGUCUGCUCAACAACGCUAUGGGUCGGACAUCUGUCGAAGCUGGUCCAUCAAGAAGAGCUCUCGGACACCUUCGGAGAGUACGGGGACAUUGUAAGCAUUGACCUCAUACCACCGAGAGGCUGCGCAUUUAUCUGCAUGAACCGACGUCAGGAUGCGUCCCGGGCCCUCUCCAAGCUCAAGAACCACAAGAUGCAUAACAAGGCCAUCACCCUCGCAUGGGCCCCCGGGAAGGGUGUGAAAGGCAAGGAGUUCAAGGAUUACUGGGAGGUCGAGGUGGGCUGUUCCUACAUACCCUUCCACAAGCUGGUGACCAUGAGCAGCAUCGACCUGGACAACCUGGAGGAAGGGGGGAUGAUUGACGAGGAGACGGUACCAGAUUGGCUGAGAGGACGAUACGGGCUUGAAGGCGCCCCACCCCCCGGGCCGCCCCCAGGGUUCGUCCCCAUCGCAGUCCCGCCGGGGCAUCCACCCAACACCCGUAGCCAGGAUAUCGUCGCCCCGCUGCCCCCCAUGCCCCCGCCCCCCGUGGAGAAGGGGCAGGAUGUGUCAAGGGAUGGCCCACCGCCCCCCAUCCCCAACAACGCCCCGGGACUGCCCCCGAAUAUGCUGCCCCCGCCAUUCGGUCUCCCCAACAUGCCCCCGCCCCAGGUUGGCCCUGGCCCUGGAGGAAUGCCCCCGCUGCCCCAGGGGUUCGUGCCGCCCAACCUGCCCCCUAUGGGAGUGCCGCCGCCCCUGGGUCUCCCCCCCUUGGGCGUGCACCCCCCUGUGUCAUCCAUCCUGGGCCAGCCCCUCAUCGGGGCAAUGCCCCCCCCAGUCAGCAUGGCCAAUAUGCAAAACAGGGCCAUGAGUAAGUACACAUUCGCACAUAAGAUGGGUCACGCCGGGGAUCUCCAGAACAACCUCCCCAGUGCAGCCCCGCCAGCCACCACCAUGGCCUCCAACACCAACGCUGGGGGCGGGGCGGGCGGGGCGGGGGGAGGGAUGCCCCCGUUGCCCCCGUCGCAUGACUCAAACGACAUGGAUAUUGAAAUGGAGGAUGCUGUGGAUAAGGCCGACAUGGGCAAAGAGAACGGACUCCCCAGCAAAGAGAAGGACGACAGGGACCGGGGCGGGGCACCGGGGGAACGCCGCCGGGACCGCCCCUCCAGAUUCGAGCGGCUCCUUGGCCCCGGAAGAUCGCCCCCUAUGCAGGAGGAGAAGAUGGGGCUGGUGGAACGUCUGAGGAACAUCGCUUCGGGCGGGGCAGCCGGGGCGGGCGGGGUUGAGCAUGAGCCCCGGGACCGUUACGAGAGGGAGAGGAGGGAGAGAGACCACGAGAGGGAGAGGGAGAGAGUGGGGAGAGAUUUGAGGGAGGAGAGAGGAGGAGUCGUGGAGAGAGAGAGAGGGAGAGAUGGAGGGCGCUUCGACCCGGACGCCUUCUCGGGGCCACCCCCAGGGUUCCCCCAGGCUGGCCGAAACCCCGACGGUCCUCCGACCUUCCGCCCCGACGGCAGCGGCGGCGGCGGUCCCAACGGCCCCGUUGGCCCCGCGGCGUUCAACAACUUCGUCUCGGUCAACUUCGGACCUCCCGGGGCGGGGUCUGGUGGUCCCCCGGGGAUGAUGGGACGCCCCCCAGGUCCCCCACACACCCACACGGGGAUGCGGGGCGAUGGCUUCGGACCCAUGGGAAUCGGCAUGAUGUCGGGACACACGGGUCCAGGGUUCGGGCCCCGAGGGAUGCACGGCCCCGGUGGGUUCCAGGGGCCCCGGGGUCUCUUGGGGCCUCCACCCAUGAACAUCGGAUCGUUGAUGGGGACACGACCCCCCCUGAUGGGCGACCUCCCGGGGGGACCUGGGGGCGGCGGGGGCAUGCGGGGCCCAGGUGGCAUGCCGGGGCAGAGACCGGGUCUGUGGAUGGACGGCCCUGGUGGUCCCGGUGGUCCAGGUGGCCCCGGCCCCAGGUUCCAGGGCCACGAUGUGCCCCACGGUGGGCGCGAGGGCCUGGGUGAGCGUCUGUGGGGCGAGCCGGAGCGGGGCCGCGAGGGUGAGCUGGAGCGCUUCAGGGAGGCUGCCGAGAGGGACAGGGAGCGCCUGCCCCGGGAUGACGACCGGGGCCCCCGGGACAUGGACCAUGGCAUGGACCGGGGCAUGGAUGAGCGGGGACUGGAUGAGCGAUCCCGGGACAGGCCCAGGGAGGAGCGGCCCCGCGACGAUCGGGGCCGAGACGACCGCCAGCGCAACGACCGCUUCAGGGACGACCGGCCCCGGGACGACCUGCGGGGUGACCGGGGCCGCGAUGACCGCCGGGACGACCGGGGCGGUGGCCGAGACGACCGGCCCCGCGGCGGCGACCGCUACAGAGACAGCCGCUCCCGGGACGAGCGGCCCCGCGAUGACCGGGGCAGCAGCGGCCGGGAUGAACGGCGGGACAGCCGGGGCCGGGACGGGCGGGAGGACCGGCCGCCCCGAGAGGAGCGUCCGUGGGAGGCCAAGGGGCGCGAGGCAGAGCAGCAGCAGCAGCAGCAGCAGCCGCCACCACCGCAGCCGUCCCCGGCGGGGCGGCGGCGCGAGGAGCGGCGGCCGUGGGAGAAGUCCCGGUGGGCGCCACGCGAGGAGGCGGUGGUGGAGGUUGGCGACGACCCCUCGGGGGGCUGGGACACCUGGGCACAGCGCUCCACCCUGCCUACCCCGCCCCUCGCCCCAGGAACAGGCUCCGGACCUGGCCCUGGCCCCGGGCCCCACCAGCACCCCAGGGAACCACUGCUCCCCAGGGGGCCAGACCCCACUCCCAUGGACACCCACAAGGAGCCCCAGCAGCAGCAGGAGGGUGAGGGCGGGGGUGGCCCCAGCCCCGACCACCAGCCAGACCAAGACAAGGCUGUGGCCCCGCCGGGGGAGGGCCUAACGCAGGGCGGCGGCUCCCCCAAAGACCCCGAGGCUGUGGCACCAACCCCCGCUGAGGAGGAGGCGGGGCCAGGGCCGGGGCAGGACACAGCUGCCCCGGACAAGGAGGUGGCCAGCCCCGGGAAGGAGAGGGACCUGUACGACCCCUUCACCACUGCCGCCAAGGACGACCAGGCUGCCCCGGCUGCCCCGCCCCAGCAGCCUGACAGGGAGGCCUCCCUCCCUCCCCAGACCCUGGAGGCCCUACAGGAGGCAGCCCCGGAGGCGGAGGCCCCAGCAGCACACACUUCCCCCGCCCAGCCUGCCCCAGAGGCCUCACCGCCCCGGCCGGCCUGCCCCUCACCCAGCCCCGCCAUGCAGGCCUCCCCCCCACAAGACUCCCCGCCUCCGGCUUCCCCGCCCCAGACUGUUCCCCAAGCAGACUCCCCGCCCCAGCCAGCCCCGCAGGAUUCCCCUCCCAGACCGGACAUGCAAGACUCCCCGCCCCGACCGGUCAUGCAGGAUUCCCCGCCCCGGCCUGCCAUGCAGGAUUCCCCGCCCCAGGAGUGUCCUCAGGACUCUCCACCCCACACAGUCCCACAGGACUCCCCGCCCCGGUUGGCCUCCCCGCCCCGCCAAGCCUCCCCUCCAUCGGCCAUGGUGAGAGAGGAGCCUUGCCCUGGGUCCCCCAUGGGGUCCCCCGGGGGGCCAGAGCCCGUGGACUUUCCCCGGGACGAGGAGAUGGCCCCGGCCGUGCCUGAAAUCCCGGAGGUGCCCCGGGCUGCCCCGGUGGAGGCGGCCAUGGAGAUGGAGGAGCGGUUCGAGGAGGAGGCCCCCAUGGAGGCCCAGGAGGCCGGGGCAGACAUGAGCCCCAUGAGUGACAACGGGGCGGGGCAUGGCGGGGCCUAUGCCGACGGUGACGGCCGUCCCAAUGAGGGCACGGAGGACAGCGGGGCGGAGGAGGACGGCUCCCCCGCCCCGGAGGAAGAGGACGGGGCUGGCAGCGGCGGCGGCCCCAUGAACGAGGACUAGUGGCGCGUGUGAGGGCGGGGCGGGGCAAGUGUUCCUGUGGACAGUGGCGGGGCAGUGGUGUGUGUGGACCCCAGGCAGGCAGAAAGACGGCCCCGCGGGGCGGUGACUCAUUACCUCGUGGCUGUGACCCCCGCAACACACAGACACACAGACACACUCGCCGGGUGUUGCAGGAUAUUUUUAACACUUCCAAGACGACGGCGACGUUUUAAAUAAAUUUUAGACAUUUUUCUAAA